UUUACAAUUGGUUUUAUCUCAGUAUUUACUUCCGUCACUACAUAGACACAUGUAAGGCGUCUAUUACAAACCUUUUUUAUACGGCUUCUUUUUUAGAGUAUCUAGUUACAGAGAAAGCCAUGUUCAAUAAAACAAUUUCCACAGAUGAAAUAGUUUGCCUUAACAUCAAGUUCGUGUUUUCCAUAAAUGGUGGAUAUGCAGUAAACAUCUACAUCAACAUCAUUCUUCAAUUCAUCAUCAAUUUCUCCAGUUGUGUGUUAAACACACUUGUUUCAAUCGUUAUUAUACGCCAAAGAAAACUUCGUACACCUUCAAAUGUAUUGUUACUAAACAGUACAAUCUCAGAUACUCUACUUGGGUUGACGCACCUCGUUUUUUGGCUGCCAUGUUUAAUAAUGGCGCUUCAUCAAACUCAUUCUUGCUUCUUAUUUGUUGCUUUGAACACAUUGGGCUAUUACUGUGGCACGAUAAGUUUUCUCAAUACUGAUCUGAUUGCAGUGGAUCGAUACAUAGCUAUAUACAAACCUUAUUACUACAGCGAAAACAUAACUGGAAAUUUAAAAGUAUAUGUUAAAUUUAUUAUAUUCCAGUGGAUAAUAACUGCAGUAUUGAUAGGAUUAAGCCAUCUGACUCCAAACUUUUUAAUUAUACUUAUAAGUGCUUCCAUUUCAAUUCCCUUCACAAUCAGUUGGUGCUCGUUUGUUUACACGAAGGUGUUUCUUACAGUAAAGGAGUUAAAUAACCGUGACCGAGCAACAAAACGACAUUUAAACCAAGAAGAUACACAGAAAAUGAAGGAGAUACGAUUAGCAAAGAUCACAGCUGCAAUGAUAUUAACUGUUUCUGUUUGUUUUACACCACUCUGGGUGAUGAGCGCUUUAUGGUUAGUGGAAAAGAUGAAAUUUUCUCCUUUUUUGUACGCGCUGAUAUUAUGGGCUUUGGUACUGAGUUCACUCAAAUCAUUAUUGAACCCUCUACUAAUUUAUCUGACAAUAACUGAUAUAAAAAAAGCUAUCAAAAAAACUUUUUGCAAACACAGAAAGAUCGGAAGCAGAUACAAUAGCAGCAAGAGCAUCACAUUACCGCCAUCACCACAACCACAACCACAACCACCUCACAAUAGCAGCAAUAAAACGACCACCACCACCACCUACAAAAACACAAAACAAACACUAGAUGCAACAUAAC